AACAAAAAGAAGAGGAGCCUACCCAGUGACCCACAGUUCUGGUGUUAGCAAAACGGCAACCGCUUCAGCUUCACACUUCCAUUUUUGCUCUCAUUUCUCGAAGCUAUAUCUCAUGCUUUCAUUUCUUGCCUCUUCGUACGGAAAGCUAGGGUGUCUCCUCUCCACUUCAACGCUCUUCCCUAACUCACUCUUAUCUUAAGGACAUGAGCCCAUUCUAGAUUUCGAAGUACGCGUGAGUGAUGCAACAAAAUCCUUGGCGUUUAGAUCCCUACGGCAUGCUUGACGAAUACUCUGCAUUAGUCAAAGUGAAACUUUAAGUCUUUGGGGAUUGAGAUGAGCGGAAAUGGCAGAAAGCACUCUUCAAAGUGGGAUUCAAGAGAUCAACAUGAAUUUGCACCAGAUAGUGUUGCUAGUAGCAAUAGUUCAAAGUGGUCCUAUUUGGAAAGAAAUGAUAAGUUAAAAUCCAGAAUGGGAUUUUCAUUCAAGGAACCUUUUCCUGAAGGCAGAGGAUCAAAUAAAGAUGAUAUUACGAGUAAAGACUACAGAGCUUUGGAUGCAACAAGUGCACAGGACACUGAUAGAAGUUACAGCAUGGAAAUGUCACCAGGGCUUGAGGAUUGGAAAAGUAAGAAGUACAGUCAAUCCCCAAGAAAUGGUUGCAGUCAGUCAGUCAGGAAUGCUCGGAGCCGGAGCAGAAGUCGGAGCCCUUCACGUGGUUUUAGGUGGGAUUCAGGAGUCAAUGACAGAUGUAGAAUGAGGGCUGGAGGAUUGGCACAACCAUGUAGAGAUUUUGCUGCUGGAAAAUGCAGGAGAGGCAGCCAAUGCCAUUUCCUUCACCAUGAUGAUCAAAAUUAUGAUGAUAACUGGGAAAGUAGACACAGGAAAGAUGGCACUCCCAGAUAUUCUACUCUCCAUGAGAGUGGGGACUACUCUCGUACAAGUGGAAGAUCUAAGGAAACUUGUAUCAAUUAUGCAAAAGGAAGGUGUAGAAUGGGAGCAUCAUGCAAGUAUGUGCAUCAUGACAAUUCUGAUCAGUUCAGUAAAUUUUCUGUGGAUGAAGCAACUAGGGAAAGGGAAAUUGACAGAAGGCGUACAGAGAAUACUUUAGAGCAGGGUGGUCGACACGGUCCAAACCACAAUGGUGAUAUUCCUUGCAAAUUUUUUGCAUUUGGUAAUUGUCGAAAUGGCAAACGUUGCAGAUUUUCUCAUGAUAGGCAAGCAUCCAGGAGCCCUAAUAGAAUAUUAAAUGAUGAUAGGUCAAGAAGCAAUCAAGGUGAAGAUCAGGCUCUGGAUAGGCCAAAAUUGAGUGACAAAGUUAGUCCAAAUGGAAGGCUAAGAGAUGAUAGAUGGGGUUUAGAUGGCAGUAUGGCUGAUAGAGAUGAAGUUUGGGAUGGUUCCAAACAGAAUGAUUUAGUUGUUGUCCCUGAUUUAGUGAAACUGGUUAAGGAUAACAAAACUGGGAUUAUGGGCACCCCAGAACCUGGAUUCAUGGCUUGGCCAAUUAUUGAUGGAUGGGACCAUAGCUUAGAUAAGAACAGAGUGCAUGGUGGAUCACCAUUUUCAAGUGAUAAGAAGGAAGAAGCUAACUGUUGGACAGCCAAAAAUGAUAGUGCCAACAUUCACUCAUCCCAGUCAGUAGCUGCAGACAUUUGGCCUGGUAAUGAAAAAAUGUCUCCUGAUUGGAAUUAUGGUGUGGGAUCUUCCAGCCAUACUAAAGAAGAGCACGGGAAGAGUAAGCAACAAGUUGCUCCAGGACAAGGAUUUAAUCAGAAUGUAAAUACUUUGCAUUCUUCAAGCUGCCAUGCAGUUGGACAGAGUCAAGUAGCAGUCUCCAUUGUUCCUCCAAGACUGGGAACUGUUGAAGUUAUGCAGAACCAGGAAGUCUCUACUGAGAAAAAAUACAUGGUUGAGCCAAAUAUCAUGGAUGCGAACCUAUCACAAGUUGGUUCACGAAAUCCUCCAACUCAGAACAUGGUAAGCAAAGAACAGCUUACUCACCUUACCAGCCUGUCAGCCUCCUUGGCACAUAUCCUUGGAACAGGUCGGCAGCUUCCACAACUUUAUGUUACUUCUAUUUCCCAAGAUGCAAAGGAUACUCCCUUCCUAAGCAAAACUGAAGGGUUUGGCAAGCCUGCUUCCAUAACAUUCAUCAAGCCAGAUCCUGCUGUUGAAUUGCAGAAGCAGUGUGAUCCAAUGUGUGAUAGUAUGGAGCCAAAUAAGGCUAAUGUAAAUGGGGUACCCACUACUCUUUCUCCAAGUAAAAAAGUUCCAUCACUUUUACCUAAGGUAGGACAACAUUUUGAUGACUCUAAGACUGCCUUUUCAGAAGAACAACUUGUCAAAAGUGAACAUUCAAUUCAGUUGCAGAAAGUUGAAAACAUUGAGGUUAAUAAGGAGAACAAUGAAGUGGUAGCAGAAGAAAAGCAAAGUUCUCGAAUUGAAAAUAAAAUUACAGAAGAGAAUGGUCCUUUGGAAAACAUGGACCAAAACAGUGGACCUGAUGAUGAGGCCAAGAAAAUAAAGGAUGUAAAGGGUAUUCGUGCAUUUAAGUUUUCAUUGGUUGAGUUUGUUAAGGAGCUUCUGAAACCAACGUGGAAAGAAGGUCAAAUCACCAAAGAAGAUUAUAAAGCUAUUGUGAAGAAAGUUACUGAUAAAGUAACUGGUACAGUGCAGCGGGUACAUAUUCCUCAGACACAAGAGAAAAUUGACCGCUAUUUAUCAUUUUCGAAACCAAAGCUUAACAAACUUAUACAGGCAUAUGUGGAAAAGGUUCAGAAGGCUUAGUGCAAGUAUAGAAAUUUGGCUAUGUAAUCUGUUGACUAAAUUUUGCCAAGUUUGUUUUCUUUGCGUAUUCUGUUUCUUCUAUGCACAAUAAGAAGUUAAAAUGUCCCAAUUAGUUCAGAUGAUAGUAUAAUCGAAGAACCUUUGCAGCUCAUGUACAUAUAACUCGGAGCUGUCUUUUGUUUCUAGUGUCUAAUUUAGACUUUAGUUUACAACCCCAAAUAUUAGGCAGCUAUUUGGCAGGAUCCAUCUCUAUUGCUGUUAUUUUUAUUUACUCGUUUGAUGCAUAUGUAAAGGAAAAGAAGCCUUUUUCUUCUCAAAACAGUAACAAAGAGACGGUUUGUUGUGUUGCCUAAAUCUUCCCAUGGUAAAGCAACUCAUCUUUGCAUUGUCCAUCGAUCGAAUGCUGUGUUACGCUUAAUAUGAAGGGAUUACUUGUUU